AUGGGCACUGGCCUCUCGAAGCUCUUGAGCGCCGCCGCGGCCGGCCAGCACAAGGAAGUCCAGAAGCUCGUCAAGCGCGGCGUCGACGUCAACGCCCGCACGGACGAGAAUGGCACGACCGCCUUGUACCGCGCGGCGGCCAACGGCCACAUUGGCGUCGUCAAGCUGCUCCUCAACGCGAGCGCCGACGUCAACAAGCCCAACGACAUGGGCGAAACACCGCUGUACGAAGCGGCCGCCCAAGGCCGCGCGUCCAUCAUCGCGAUGCUGCUCGACGCUGGCGCCGACGUCAACAAGGCCGAUCUCGAAGGCACGACGCCGCUGUGCAUUGCCGCCGAGCACGGCCAUGUCGACGUCAUCCCUCUCUUGCUCCGCGCCGGCGCAGAUGUGCACAAGACGAGCAUCAAUGGCGCGUCGGCGCUGGCGCUGGCCGCGAGCAACGACCAUGCGUCCGUCGUGCAGCUCUUGCUGCGUGCCAACGCCGACGUCAACGGCAAAGACAGCGCGGGCGAAACACCACUCUGCCGCGCCGCCGCGCGAGGGCACGUCGGCGUCGUCCGCGUGCUCCUGACGGUGCAAGCGUGGAUGCUGCGCAGCGACAUGUGCCGCGCUGUGACGUACGCCGCCCGCGCCAACCACGCGGCCGUCGUCGACGCCCUCUUGCUGGCCAAUCCGAGCGUCGACGGCGAGCCCAAGGUCCGUCAUUGA